AUGAUAGUCCGUCGCGGCAAACAAGAGGGAUGGCUUCAUCUCGAUGUCGAUGCGGUACAGAAAUGGGCGGCGGCUAGUGGCAUCAAAUUCACCAAUGCCUCUCCUACCUUCAUCCCGGGUCGCGGUAUUGGGCUUCUUGCGGACCAUGACAUCAGAUCCGAGCCCGCCGAGAAGCCAUGCCAGAUCCUGGAGCUCGCCGAAGACCUCGUCCUGUCCAUAGACGCCGUAAAACAGCAUGCCUCUUUCGACAAAGACUUCCGAGAACUCCUCGAAAGCCUGGGCGAAUUCGGCACGGUAGGUUGGCCCUUUCUACUUCCCGCCUGAUUCGUUCUUGCUAUCUUACAGUCCUCUUCAGCGCAAUCUUCUUGGUCACAGGGUAUGCACUUCGAUCACUUCGCUCUACUAUGAAGGACUACUUUGACAAUUGUCCCAAGAGAAGUUGGCGUCGUGCUGACCUGUGUGCAGACACCACGAGGGAGUAUUUUAUCCUUUCUGCUGUUUCAAGCGACCAUCUCCUGUCCGAAUCUCUCAGAACGUGUAGGCGUCCACACUGCAUUUACAGAGUACGUGCACAUUACUUUCCAAAAGUGCUGGCAGUAUAGGGUCUUGCUACGUUGUCCAUUCUCGAUUCACUCAUCGAAUUCCCAAAACGAGUCCCACACUGGACAGCGCUAAAUUGUUUGCAGCUAUGUCAAGACGCUGCCUUGUGAAAUACUCCCGACAUUCUGGACCUCAGAAGAAUUGCAAUUGCUGGUAGGGACGACAUUGGCACCUGCCGUUUCCUCAAAACUGAAGAGCCUACAACGCGAGUAUGAUCUCCUAUAUUCCUCUGCAGCCAACACACGCUGGUUCAAAUUAGUCGAGCCCUUCCUGGACCUGGACGACUGGAUGCAGGUCGAUGCUAUGUUUCGUUCGCGAGCUUUAGACUUCUACGGGUCCUGUAUGAUACCGGGCAUGGACCUCGCGAGCCACGCUGCUGGAGACAGGACUUCUGCGUUCUACGAUAGAAAUGAAGGGUAUGUAUACAUGCUCAGUUCCGGCCGCAUAGCUAACCCAUCUCAAGCUCCUAUUUUCUGCGGCUCAUGGAGGGCAAAGAAUUGAAGCAGGGCGACGAGAUCUGCAUCACCUACGGAGACGAAAAGGGAGCUUGCGAAAUGCUCUUCUCGUACGGGUUUAUUGAGGAACAGAUGGAUACGGCGGAGACUCUUUUCCUUAGCCUGAUGAUCCCCGACAGCGACGUCUCCAAAUCGGCCAAGAUGAAAGUCGCAGAUUGCGCUCCAGGCUUCAAGAUCAUCGAUGUUUGUGGCGAACCCGUCCCUGCCGAGAAGAGGAGCCAUCAAAAUGAAGAGACCGGAGGCGACAUCGACUGGAGUGGAGAUUUCAUCUGGCUUCUCUGCGUGGGCUCUGAAGAUGGGCUUGAGUUCGAGCUUGCCAGAACUGUCGAUGGACAAGAGGAACUGCAGGCCACUUUCAACGGACAAGAGCUCAAGCGCGGGGCCAGCGAUUUGCAUCGGCACCUUGUCCAGAGCCAGCUAUGGCCUGUGUAUAGGCUGCGCGCCAUGGUCAUCCUCCAGCAACGGGUCUUUGAUCAGCUACAGGUCCUGUAUGGUUCACAGGACGCCGUCGAGGCAACGCCGCAUGGCGAUGGAACUGGAAUCCGUGAGCCACAGUACCAACAAGCCCUCAAGCUGAGAAGCUUGGAGUUCGAGUUAUUGAACAAGGCUUACGAGGACUUCGAGAAACAGGUGAGUCCCUCCGACCUUAGCAAGUUGCACGGCGCGGUCCAGAACCUCGGAUUGGACAGGCGAAGCUCUCGUGGCUGUCAUGCAGCUACAUCCUCCACGAAACACGUCGAGACAUUAUUAAUGCUGACAAACCCCGAUUCGUAGAAAAUCGAGCUUGCAGAAACAUCUAUCGUUCAACAGUAUCUGACCUCUAUGGGUACAUCGAACACGGUCGAUGAGCCUGUAGAAGACUUUUCAUGA